UCGUAAGAUGGCGUGCAGAGUUGUGGCAACAAUUAUAUCUGCUUAAACGUACGAAUAAUCUACUAUAAUUGAAUCUCAUAUAGUUUCGUUUGAUUAAAAUGUUUUUUAAUUUUCAUUAAAGUAAUUCAUUUAAAUUAUUAGAAUGGUUAAGGAGCCAAAAAUAAAAAAGUCAUCUCAUGAACUCGCGUACCGUACCGAAAAUUAUCAUGGAAUCAAGAUUUUAGCCGAUAGAGAAAUAACUUGUACAGCGUGUGGAAAUAAAGUUAUUACUAAAAUUGGAAAAAUUUUUACCAAUCCUGUGAUAGGUACUUUGUUGUGUGAAAAAUGUUGGGACCAUUUCAACAAUACAAAUUUUUCUUUAGAUAAAGACAACAACCUAGAUAAGUAUUGUCGCUUAUGUGCUCGCGAAAACAAUUUAUUCUAUUGUGGAUCAUCUAAUUGCACAUUUGCAUUUUGCAAACGAUGCAUUAAGAGAAAUGCACCCCUGUGUCUUUUGGAUAUAGAGAAAAAAUCUUGGAAAUGUUUCAUUUGCGAACCUAAGCCAUUGUGGGAAUUACGAGCAGUUUGUGAUUCCAUUAUGGAUUGUCUAGCUAAAAAAAAUAAAGCAAAAUGUAUAGAGAACGAAUUCAAGAAGCGUGAUACUAGGUUACCGUAUCAAAAAUAUCAAAGUCAACGAGUUAAACAAAUGCAAAAUAUCCUGCAAUCAAUAUGUGACAAAGAAGAAGAAGAUGACGAGGAUAUUGUAAAAAAUAGACCUCUUUACAGUAUGUUCUUUAAAAAAAAGGAAAGUAAUGAAACAACUAAGAAAAGUAAUAAAUCUAAAAGUCACACUUUAAACCAAUUGUGUAGUACAAGUUCGUCGAGUAAUUCGAGCGAUAAUGAAAUCAAAAGAAAAGAGUCUUCGAAACAAGACAAAGAUGUAAUAAUAUCUUCAUCGUAUAGUUCUAAUGUUGAUAGCAACCAAAGUGAAUCGGUCUCGAGAAUUAAACAUAAACGAAGCCCAAGUAAACGAGAUAAAGCAAACGUUAAUAAGAUUUCAAACAGAGAUGAAACAAUUGAGUCUAGUUCUGAAUCCAGUGAAGAAGAAGGUAGAGAUGAUAGUAAAAAUAAAAAUAAGAUACUUCUUAAUAGAAGUAACAAGAAAAAAUGUUCCAUGAAAAAGUCUACCAAUGAAGAAAUUUUAAUGUCGCAAUCUUCCAUUGAUUCUGACUCUAGCUCUGCGACAGUCGUACAACAUUUGAAGAGGAGCUCUACAUGUUAUACGCCAACAGUAAAUAUUACAUGUCCAAUAGAAAUGUACUCUUCUGAGAAUAUCAUGAAUAAACAACAAGCCAAAUAUUUUAAGUCUAACGUAGCAGAAAUCUUGGACGAAUUGAAACAACAAUGUUCGGUAUUUGAAUUGCAAGCCCAGCAUAUCGAAAAUAAAUUUAGAAGAAAGCCCAUGUACGUGGAAGAUGCAGAUAAAAUUAUAUAUAAAUCAAAAAGUGCUAUUAAUAAAAUAAUUACGAAAUUCAAUACUUACAAGGAACAUUUAAAUGAUUUUUACAAAACAUUUGUAUCGUCAGUUAAAGAGGAAGAAGGACAUAAAAGUUCCGAAGAUGAUACAACAUUAAUAAACAAGAAACCUCAUAAAAGAAAAUCCAGUGAUACAAUAAAUAAAAACAACAGUAAAAGUGUAAAAGAUAAAAAUAAUGUCAUAUCCGAUUGUGAUAGUGAAAUAUUUUCAGAGAAUGAAUCUAUUAAACAUAGAGCACCAGCAGAAAAGAUAAAAACUAAUGUUUGUGACAAUAAAAAAAAUCUUGAUUCUGAAGAAUUAAGAGUUAGUGAAAAUGUAUCACCGAUAUUAGGAAGUAACCAACACAAUAAAAGGACUUUGGUUAAAUUAUCAAAUAACGAACUAAUAAAAGAUAAUAUUAAUAGUAAAAAGUGUGUAGAAAAUGAUGAUAAAAAUAUAACCCGAAACUCGAAUGUCACAGAAUGUAACAUUCCGAAUACAGAAUCUAAAAAUAUUUUAAAUAAACGUUUAACUGCGGUACCAUCUAAUGUUACUUCUAAUCUAACGAAUGAUUCGUUAAAUGAUAUAUUUGAUAACAGUUUGGAAUUAAACAAUGAAUUAAACGAAUCUAAUACAACGGCAGUAAACGUCCAAAAAAAUAAAGAUAUUCAGGAUUUGAGUAUUGAUGAAGGUCAAAAAGAGAGCAAUGAAGAUUCGAAUACAUGGAAAUGUAAUAAACCAAAAGAAAAUGUACAAUUAUCAGAUAAAAAAGAAUUUGAUCUGUUGGAAAAAGAAGAACAGAACAAAGAAAGUAUAUUUCGAAAGAAAACACCAGAUAUAUUUGGGUCUAAUAAAUCUGACAGUAAUUCGAACGAAACUGUAUUUAAUGAAUAUACCACUGAACAAUUUCAUAUCCAUAAACCUAAUAAAAAAGUAUCAAAAACACUCGCUAAACAAGGUUCUAAUGAAUGCGAUUCAGAUACUUCUAAUAUUUCUGAUAAACCUUUCAAUUCAAAAAAAGUAUCAAACAAAUCAAAAGAUCCGAUUAAGUCAAUUGACGAAAAUAAAUCUAACAUAACUAAAGAAAUAACAGAUAUUAAUAACGAUAGUGACAACAGUACAGUAGUUUUGUCUAAUUUGAAUACAAUUGAGGAACUAACAUCGGAUAACGUCGCACAACAUAACAGUGAAAAUCAUAUAAAAGAGAAAUGCUCUUCUGUAGAAACAAACAUAUUGGACGGAGAAAAUGAGGUUAAUAAUGAAGAAAGUAUUAAAAAUGCUCUUUUGGAAUCUGAUUCGGACGAUUACGUUUCUUCAUCAGACAAUAAAGAAGUGGAAAUUAACAUGGAAUCUAAAAAUAAAGAUUUAAAUAAACUUCAGUUGACAACAUUCGACAACGACAGUACAAAAUCCGAAGAUUUACCUAAAUUGCAAAUUCAGAUGAAUAAUAUUAAAUCUGAGAAAAAAGAACUUGGGAAAAAACGUAAUUACGAUUUUGAAUCAGACACAUCUGUAGGAUCUAGAGUCAAAAGAAGAAGACUUCAAUUAAAUAAGAAUUUUUAUUACAUGAAUGAUAAAAAAUUGAGAAUGAUAUGUCAUGUACAAUUAGAAUUAUUAACAGAUGAUGUUUUAAAUCAAUAUAAAAACGCGUUGGAAGAAUCGAAGGAAUACCAAAAUAAUAAGAAAAUCAACAGACUUAUAAAUUUGGAUACACUGGAGAAACUACCACAUAAGAGGAGUUCAGUUACUUCAAAAGAAGAUAAUCUAUCUAAAUCUUUCCAAUCAUUAAAAACAAAAAUAUCAUCUAGUGAAAAAGAAGAUUCUUUAUUAGAACAUUUGAAGAAGGUACAAGAUGGAAGCGCUUCCAUAGACAUGCAAGACGAUUCUGAUAAUAACGAGCAAAAUUUAAAUUCAUUAGUAGAAAAUCAUUCUGCUAUAUUAACAAAUGAUGAUCUUAUAUUAGAAGCUGAUAAAAUUGCUAAAGAUUUACUAUUAAAUUCGUCUGACUCUGAUAUGGAUGAUAGCAAAGAACAAGAACAGUCAAGUGUAUCAGACAAAGAAGAGAAAGAGUCGUUAAAAGAGAAGAAUGAAAGUAUCAAGAAAAACGAAAUUAAAAAAGAAGAGCCUUCUGAAGAAGAUAACAAAAGUUCAUCUACGGAAAAGAAGGAGAAAAAGCUGAAAAAACGGAGUAAGUGGAGACGAAAUAAAAUAUUAACAAUGAGAAUAUCUGAUAGCGAGUCUGAAAAAGAACAAGAGAAAUGGGAUAAAUUGCAAGAAAAACAAAGAAAAAAGGAAGAAGAUGACGACAAAGAUAACGUUGAUGUUAAAACUGAACACAAAAGGAAAAAGGCUAGAAGAAUUUUUGAUUCUGAUUCAGAUGUCAAAGAAAUUUCAGAUCCUUUCAGUAAUAAUAGUAGUAGUAGUAGCAGUAGUAGUUCGAGCGAAGUUAUGAUAUUAAGUAGUUCUGAUGACUCUGACGAAGAGAAGAAAAAAAAGAAAAAAAAGAAGAAAAAACAAAGUUCAAAAAAAUCAUCUGACAGUGAUUCAUCUACUACAGGAAAUAAACCUAAACCAAAAAGAAGGCGAAUAAAGAAUGUAUCAACAGAUAGUAAUAGUGAUAGUGAUCAAAUGAAUAAUUCGCAAGGUACGUCGAGUAAAACUGGAAGAAAAAAUAUUCGCAAAGUUUUGAAAGAUAAACAAGUAGCGGAUGAUACAAAACAAGCAGCCAAAGAGGAAGAGGAAAGGUUGAAACGUAUUAUGGAACGUCAAAAACUUUACAAUGAGAUGUAUGAGAUACGAUUAGCCGGUGAAGAAAAAGUAGAUAAAUUAGUAUUGGAUUUUGAUCCCGAUACAAAGCAAGAACUUGUAAGCGUAAAUAAGGAUUUAGUCAAACGUUUGAAACCGCAUCAAGCAGAGGGAAUUAAAUUUAUGUGGGAUGCGUGCUUCGAAUCUUUGGAAAGAAUCAAAACUACUUCUGGAUCGGGCUGCAUUAUUGCGCAUUGUAUGGGACUUGGAAAGACUCUACAAGUAAUUACUUUAUCGCAUACUCUUUUAACUCACGAGGAAACUGGAAUAAAAACUAUCUUAGUAGUUUGUCCUCUUAGUACCGUUCUUAAUUGGGUUAAUGAAUUCGAGAUUUGGCUAAAGGAUGUAGAGAACGGAGGAGAUAUCGACCUGUUCGAAUUAACAAAAUGUAAAAAGAACUUUGAAAGAAAGUAUCAACUUCAAAGUUGGCAUCAAAGAGGUGGCGUUUUAAUUAUUGGAUACGAAAUGUUUCGUAAUCUUACUGGUGCAAAUAAAAAUAUUCGAAAGAACAUGAAAGAUGCGAUAUUAAAAUGUUUGAUAGAUCCUGGUCCAGAUCUUAUUGUAUGUGAUGAGGGACAUUUAUUGAAAAACGAAGAUACUGCGAUUAGUAAAAGUAUGAAACGAGUUAAAACGCUUCGACGUAUUGUCCUCACUGGGACACCAUUACAAAAUAAUUUAAUAGAGUAUCAUUGCAUGGUUCAAUUCGUUAAGCCUAAUCUUUUGGGUACGAAACGAGAAUUCUUAAACAGAUUCGUCAAUCCUAUAACAAAUGGACAAUUUGACAAUUCAACAGAAUACGAUGUUAAAUUAAUGAAAAAACGUGCUCAUGUAUUGCACAAAUUGUUAAAAGGAAGUAUUCAAAGAUUUGAUUACUCCGUAUUGACGCCCUUUUUACCGCCUAAACAAGAAUAUGUUAUUUUUGUUAGACUCACGGAUGUACAGAUCAAAUUGUAUCAAUAUUAUUUGGACAACUUGACAAGACAAUCAAGUGGUGUGAAAGGUACCCUAUUCGCAGAUUUUCAAGCACUCCAAAGAAUAUGGACUCAUCCGGUAGUUUUGCAAUUGAAUUCGGAGAAAGUUGAAAAGGCUAAUGAAAAAAAAAGAUAUAACAGUGAUUCGGAAGGAUCAUUAAAAAAUUUCGUUGUCUCAGACGACGAAGAAGAGACAACUAGUAGCAGUAAUAGUGAUAGCGAUGUUCAAUCCAUCCAUUCUGCAUCGCCUAUUCGCAAACGAAAAACUCGAAAUAAUGACCAUGAUUCAGAGCCAGAGUUAGUAGAAGUAUCACCAGAAAAAGAAGAAGAAUGGUGGUCGCAAUUUGUGCAGCCUGAACACUUCGAAGACAUGAGAGUUUCUACCAAACUUGUUCUAUUAUUUGGUAUUUUAAGAGAAUGUGAAAAAAUUGGCGAUAAAGUAUUGGUGUUUUCUCAGUCGUUAUAUUCUUUAACGUUGAUCGAACAGUUCCUUGCUCAAAUAGAUGAAGCAGAACAAAACAAUAGGAUAUUACAGAGAUUAGAGGGGCACACUGGAAGUUGGUCUUUAGGUUUAGAUUAUUUCAGAUUAGAUGGUCAAACUUCUGCAGAAAAUAGAAGCAUUUGGUGUAAAAUAUUUAAUAAACCCAGCAAUACAAGGGCAAGAUUAUUUCUCAUAUCAACGCGUGCAGGUGGUUUGGGUAUAAAUUUAACAGCUGCUAAUAGAGUUAUUAUAUUCGACGCAAGUUGGAACCCGUCGCAUGAUAUCCAAAGUAUAUUCAGAGUGUACAGAUUUGGUCAAAAAAAGCCGUGUUACGUUUAUCGAUUUCUUGCGUCGGGUACGAUGGAAGAAAAGAUAUAUAAUCGCCAAGUAACAAAAUUAUCACUUUCCUGUCGUGUCGUUGACGAGCAACAAAUAGAACGACAUUAUAGUCAUAAUGCUCUUAAUGAAUUGUAUAAAUUCGAGCCACAUACGAACACCGAUAAACCAACUUUAAAUUUACCUAAGGAUAGAUUGUUGGCAGAAAUAUUUUCAAACUACAAGGAGUUAGUUGAAAAUUAUCACGAGCAUGAUUCCUUAUUGGAAAAUAAGGCUGACGAAGAAUUAGAUGAAGAGGAAAGGAAACAAGCUUGGUUAGAAUACGAAGAAGAAAAACGAAGGCCAAAUAUUAAUGCAAAUACUGCAGCUUAUCAAAAUAAUAUUUUGUUGCAACAAUACAAUACUAUGAUAGCUAAUCUUAAUCGUCAAAAUAUAGCAAUAAAUGCUAAUACGCACACUAAUGAUUAUGAAAAUCUACAAAAACUUAUUGAAAAAGAUUAUCCUAAUGCAACACCGGAACAACGUAAAUUUAUGACUACUAAAGCCUUGCUGGAUAUGUAUAAUUAUUGGGAACAACAGGCUAUGGUUCAACCUAGCAGAAAUCCUCUUCUUGCACAGAAUAUGCAGAAUAUGCAGAAUAUGCCGAAUAUGCAGAAUAUGCAGAAUAUGCAGAAUAUACAGAAUAUACAGAAAAGUACUACAUUGGGAACAACUACAGCAAUGAACCAGAAUUUGUUGAGACAACAUUUGCUACAAAAUCAACAAGUAGUAAAUAACUCAAACAACACAUUUUCAUACGUACCUAAUACACAAUUAAAGAGUGGAAUUAGAGUAAUCAAUCCGUAUGCUUAUCCAAAACCUUCAACCAGUAAUGUUCAACCUAGGAAUGAGAUUUCGCAGAUUACGAUAGAACCAGCAAAAGCAACCGAAACGUCUGCUAAAACUUCAAAUAUUCCAACAAAUAAGGAACAAGAAGAAUGAUCCUUAAAAUAAUAUCUUAUAACUGUCUUUCUAAUUAGGUAAACUAUAUUCUUCAGUAUAAAUAGCAAAGAAUCAAACUAAUUGUUUUUAUUUAGUUUAUUCACGCUAAUAUAAAAAUCAAUCGUGUCUUUAGAUUGAUGAAAAUGAAAAA